UGUGUGUGGCUGCCUCAGGUUUUUUUUUUUUUCCUGUCAGGGGUGGUGGCCGCUGAUGUUUUGCUCCACUCUGCAUGACAAGCUCUCCAAAGCAUGGGAAUGUUGGGAGGUGAAUUUUCCGCAAAGUAAUUCGAAAGUUAAUUCAUAAGUUAUUGUAUUAUCUCAAAGAAGUACACUGCCCCCGAUGGUAUUAUUCUGUGGAGUUACACUGUGAUCCGCAAGGCUGUUCUGGGAGUUUUAACAGCAACCAAGUUUGGACAAAAGAGUCGUGCGCUAUCGUUAGCCGGGUGACGAGCAGAAGACAUUCCUCCACCCAGCGCGAUGCAGGCCAUAAAGUGUGUCGUUGUAGGGGACGGAGCUGUGGGGAAAACAUGUCUACUCAUCAGCUACACCACCAACGCCUUCCCGGGAGAGUACAUCCCCACUGUGUUUGAUAACUACUCAGCAAACGUGAUGGUAGAUGGGAAGCCAGUCAACCUGGGCCUUUGGGACACAGCGGGACAAGAGGACUACGACCGACUCCGCCCACUGUCCUACCCACAGACGGAUGUGUUCCUCAUUUGUUUCUCACUUGUGAGUCCAGCGUCGUUUGAGAACGUUCGCGUCAAGUGGUUCCCUGAAGUGAAUCACCAUUGUCCCAAUACUCCCAUCAUCCUGGUGGGAACCAAGCUGGACCUGAGGGAAGACAAGGAGACAUGCGAUAAGCUGAGGGACAAGAAGCUCAGCCCCAUCACCUAUCCCCAUGGCCUGGCCAUGGCCAAAGAGAUCGGGUUGGUGAAGUACCUGGAGUGCUCCGCCCUGACCCAGCGCGGCCUUAAAACGGUGUUUGACGAAGCCAUCCGGGCGGUUCUGUGCCCCCCACCGAAAAAGAAGAAGAAGAAGUGUUCACUCCUCUAAGCGUCCGCACUCACCAGCCCUGCCCAGUGUCAUGGGGGCGUAGUGAGUGGUUUGCAAGUCGCCAGGUUAGGAAAUUACACCUGAAUACCAUACUCCUCUAAAAGACUUUACUGCUAUGAUGUUCUUCUGCCUUUUACAACCCUCUUUCAUGACUCGGUAGCAGUACCAACACUUCCAAUCAGUUUUUGACGUAGUGUAGUUAGUUUCCAGGACAUGACCCUUUAUUGCUACCACACACACGCAUCUAGUAGCGGCCAUAAAAUGGGGAUGACGAUGUGAUAAAACUUCCUGUGGCCUUUAGUAGGUAGUGCACUAAUGGACCAUGGAAUGUUUGAAUUUGUUCACCCACUGGGAUUCCAUUUUGUUUGUUUACAGUCGUAGUGGUUUCUUUUGAUUGGAAACAGAUGUUGCCAAAUACAUUCUGCAGACAUGAAAUGCUGUUUUUAAGUAGACAACGCUUUGAUGUCUCAAAUGUACACCUCCAUGUGUAGUGAAUAAUUUUUUUGCUGCACUACUUUCUGCCGAUGGUGGAUCAGCUUUGAGAUUGAAGGGAAUUUAUUGGUCGCAUUAAGAUUUUAUGAGUGCAGUCACCGAAGUAAAAAACGGGCUAACUUGUAGUAAAUGUAUAUGAAAUGAAUGUGCCCAUAUUAUUCUCAAUCUACCAUUAAUGUACAACCAUGAGUGCUUCUUAUGCCCCAUUCCAAGCACAAUAACAUCAUCAAGUGCAUCUUUUGAGGUGUCUCAGAUCUAAUGUUAUACGAUCUAGAACACAAUUGUUUCAUUAAUUUAACAUGGGAACAGGGGGUUCCCAGUAUUGUCUGGAUAUGCCUCUUGGGCCCUGUACACUACAGCAUACUGUAUUCUUAGUUCCUGUAUUAGGUUAUUUAACUAUAUUUGGGUGAAGGGCAACAAAACCAGAGUAGCCUUUGGUCUAAACAUGGGCAUUUUUUUUACUUGUUUUCGUAGCACAAUUGAUUAUAGCAGUACCAUUGCUGGUGAUGUCGUCACCCAUUGACAGCAUCCAAGCUCCUGUCAAUUAUGGUGUAAUAUACAUUUUUUUUCAUUGUUUGGUUUAUUUGUUCCUUCACUAAGUUCACUCACUGUACCGUGAAAUUAACACUAUGAAUUUAUUGUUUACCUCCUACAAUUAACACUACCUUAAUCUCCCUAAGAGCUUAGCUUUUUGCAAUUCUUAAAAUGUAUGUGCGUCAUGCUGAAAUUUAUGAUUAGAAUGCCUUUCUGUUCAUGUUGCAUAUUUACAAAUGUAUUAACUACUCGAUCAGGGUACAUGCCCACUGUAUGUAAUGAGGCCUCACACUCCAGUUUACACCCAUGUUGUGACCUUAAGUUUUAUGGCUAUAGUAAUUGAAAGCCCAUGUAUUGAUUGACAUGCAUUUUUUAUUCUUGAUAUUUAUGUUUUAUUGGUCAUGUAAAUUCAGAAUGAAUGUGAAACACUUGAAAGCGUUGAGUGAUCAAGAUAUCUCCAGAUCAGGAUCACGUUUGUCUGGCAGACUAGAACACAAUGCAAAGGCAAAUAAAUGCUUAACAUGUCAACUUUAAUACAAACUAUUCUGUAAACCUAAUAAUGUUCCUUUUAAAAUGUAUAAACCCACAAGGUUUUAUGAAAAUAAUAAAAAGAAAAUCAUACAUA